GGUAGGAUUAUCCCCUGGGAUUAAAUGACUCCCAGUAUAAAAUACUAUUUACUAAUUUCAAAUACAACCUAAAACGCACCAGAAUUUUUGGACCUAUCAAAAAGUAACAGAAUUCUGACGGUGAUUGCACUAUCUAUAUUUAAAAUGUUUUUGGUUCUUGUAAGUUGGAGGGGAUACAAACAAAGAAUUGGGUCAUUGCUAACUUCACAGUUGUGUAUAGCUCUUUGUUUUGUUCGUAAGUCGCUACAGAGUCGGUUAUGAACGUAAAAGCGCGUAUUGUCUUGUGUAAAACGAUGUUUUGUUGGAUUUAGUGGCUGCAGGGUUGUUUGCUUCGAGUUUGGUUGGGGUGAGAUGGAGAAAUUGCUUUAAAUUUGAAUGUUUCGUUUUGUUGUGAGAAGUUAGUUGUGCAAUAGUACCACUACCCCGGAAAUAUUUGUUGGGGACUUGAUGUAAUACUGCUAUUUCAUUGUGUCAUUCACAGUCAACCGAGUAAGAGUCACUUUUCAAAGUGAUUUUAAGAGUUUUGUGUAAAUUUUUGGCCAUCACAUUAAGUAGUAAGAGAUCAGCAGCUAUUAAGUGUACGCAAAAGCAUCCGGGUUUUAGGCCUGCUCCUUUAUUUGCUCUAACCGAAUUUUGCUAAUACAACAAAAUUAUUGGGUAUGGUAACGUGUGUUCAUUGACAAACAAAAAUACUACAAUGGACCACAUUAGCAAAAAGGGGAGCAAGCCUUUACCGGAUGCUGGGAACAUGAAGUACCUAGCCUUCAAACUUGAAGAAGCUUUAGCAGCUGAGCAGCUAGUCUGCAAGCAAAACUUACUACUAAUUCAAGAAGACCGUAAGCCAGGGGAAGUAACAAUAGCAUCUCGUGAUGGUGCUGUACACAUAUUCAGAUUCCUCAGGAUCUGGUUUGAUUUACCUUCAACAGUAUUCUUCAACGCAGCUUUAUACCUAGACCAAUUCCUCGCUAAAAUCAAGGUACAGGAAAGAUACCUAAAAUGCGUGACGAUUAGUUGUUUCUACGUAGCCGCGACGAACGCUGGCUACGAUGUAGACAAACUUCAAUUGGUCAACGUAUCCCAGAGCAAAUGUUCAGUCAAUGAUAUGCUGCGGAUGGCGGAAAAAGUCGAGCAAAAAUUGAAAAUCGGCAACGCCGACAUCCCGUCCACUUGCGCGGACUUCCUGGACAUCUACGUGGACAUCUUGGAGAUGGUCACGACCGUUUGCGACGCGCCGUUUGUUUUUGCGACGAGAGAAACCCUACUGACGAGACUGGAAGUUCUGAUGACCGAUCACAGGUGCGCGUUUUACAGGCCUUCAAUGUUGGCACUCGCCCUUGUGCAAAUCGAAAUCGAACGGCAGAUGGGAGAGAUGUCGGAAAAGUCGCUCUACUAUUUGCAGGACAUGGUCAACGUCUUCGUGGUCAUAGCCGAAAUUCAGCACACCUGCCAGAUAAGAACCGGCGAAAUGGUGAAUUGUUACAACAGCGCGUGCUCCACGCUUAGCCAGUACGACAACCAAGAAAAGGCGAAGCACUCUCAAAACUUAAUGUGGCGGUUUUCCUCGUCAACUUACGCCCUGUGCAAUAAAUACAGGUACAACCGCAACGCGCAUUAUUUGCUCGACACGAUCGAGGAGCAGUUCCAGUGAAUUUGUCAGUGUACAUCACCAUUGAAACCUUCAUUUCAAAUUUCAAGCGAUAUAAGCACUUUAUUAGAUUGUAGAGAAACG